AUGCCCAAGAGUGAGGAAACUGUACUCCAAAAUGAUCCCAAUGAAGCAAAGAGUGGAGCCCAUAGUUCUGAAACAUCAGGGAAGAACGAAGAAGAGGAAAACUUCUGUUUAGAUAACUGCUCUCCUCGUCUAAUGGAAACAAUUAAGGAAGUUUCCAGGAUGAGCAUUGCUCAUGAAAUCAUGGUAAACCAAGAUUUCUACAUGGGAGAGAAUGUUUUACCUCCAAACAGUACGGAAGACAAGUUCAUGGAGACAUUGUACAAUGUUUUUUGGAACCAUCUAAGAGAACAACUCUUGAGCAAUCCUCCCCAAUUCACUUGUGCUCUUGAACUUAUGACAGAAGUUAAGGAGAUUUUGCUAUCACUGCUAUUACCACGCCACAUCCGCCUAAAAAAUGAGAUUAAAGAAGUUCUCGACAUGGAUCUCCUCAAGCAAGAAGCAGAACAUGGAGCCCUAGAUGUCUCUCGUCUCUCUAACUACAUUCUUAGUUUGAUGACCCUGCUAUGUGCACCAGUUCGAGAUGAAGAAGUAAAGAAACUACAUAGCAUAACAGAUCCAGUACAGUUACUGAGGGGCAUCUUCCAUGUUCUGGGCCUAAUGAAAAUGGACAUGGCGAACUAUACCAUCCAGAGCAUUCGACCCUACCUGCAGGAAUAUUCCAUCCAGUAUGAAAGAGCUAAAUUCCAGGAACUCCUUGACAAACAGCCUGAUCUCCUUGAUUACACCAAGAAAUGGCUAACCCAAGCAGCCACAGACGUCAUUACACCAUGUCCGAAUCCUCCUGACACGUCCAGCUCCUCUAGCACAGCCUGUUCAUCUCCAAACGAGGCAGCUGAGAAUUCAGAUCCUCCCAAUCCCGUAAUGGUGCUAUACCAGGGCUACCUGAAUCUCCUCCUCUGGGAUCCUGAAAAUGAAGAAUUCCCUGAGACUCUGCUGAUGGACAGAAACCGGGUCCAGGAAAUGGGGUCCCAUUUGCGCCACUUGGCUAUAUUGGCCUCAGUCUUACUAGUGGCUAGAAGUUUCUCUGGUAAAAUUUUAUUCGACUCACCUGGAUUUGUGGAUAAACUGAAAGGCAUAACCAAGGCUGUCACUGAGGAAUUUAACUCCAAGCCUGAAGAAGCUAUGCUGCAUGUGAGUGAACAAGUGUCUCAGGAAAUUCAUCGUGGCCUUGAGGACCUGGGCUUUGCUGCCCUAAGCAGUGAAGACACAGCAUGUCUUAUAGGACAACUCCAGAACAUCACCGAGAAAGACAACCGUGUUCGUAGUGUCAUUGAUCAGCGUCUCCUUUUGUUUCUCAAAUGCUGUUUGGUCCGUGGCAUGCAGGAGUCUCAGCAACACUUCCCUGAAGGCCUUAAUCACAUCGAAGGAGAGUUGACAGAGCUAGGCCAGAAGUUUGUCAAGCUGAUGCAUCACAAUGAGCAGGUAUUUGGCCCAUACUAUGUUGAGAUCCUGAAAAAUACCGAUACUCUAGCUCAAGCACAAGAAACAGAAGCGGAACCUGUCUGAUGGUGCUGGACUCCAGCCAUGGCAACAGGCACCCAGGAGAGAGGGCUCACCAUGUUCCUGGGAUGAUAUCACCUGUGGCCAGCAGAGAAACCAGCCAUCUUCCUCACUACAGCCAGGAUACAAGGCUGCAGGGGUCAGGCAUGUAAACACCAGCUACCCCAACCCCCUUCAUUAAUAAACUUCUG